AUGCAGGUUAUAUCCAGUUAUGGAGUUUGCUGCACAAUUCAUCAAUUCAACAAUCCUACUUUGUUGUCUACGCAGCAAGCUGAGUUUAUUAAACACGGCCACUCCAGAAAUUGGUUGUUCCAAAAUAAAGGCUCAUCGCUUGUUCAUAAACCAGUUCGUUUCAAUUGUGCCCGUAUUGCUGCAAGUAAUUUUGGUAAUGUGGAUGAGCUACAAUCUGAUUACCCAGGUAACUACGAAGAGGAAGACAUUCAGGUAACCACAGCAAUACAGAUCAAGAAUUUGACAGAGGAGAUCAAACAUAUGUUGAGUUCGAUGGGAGAUGGGAGGUCAAGUGUCUCACCUUAUGACACAGCUUGGGUUUCCUUUAUUCGUGAUACUAAUAUUAAUGGAAGCAGCGAAAGACCCCUUUUUCCAUCUUGUCUUAAGUGGAUCGAAGACAAUCAACUUCCUGAUGGUUCAUGGGGCGAGGAGCUUGUAUUCUGCAUAUAUGAUCGUCUCUUGAACACACUAGCAUGUGUUGUUGCAUUGACCUUAUGGAACACAUCCCUUCGUAAAAGAAACAAAGGAGUGAUGUUUAUCAAAGAAAACUUAAGCAAGCUAGAGACCGGGGAAGUUGAGAACAUGACUUGUGGAUUUGAAUUUGUGUUUCCUGCUCUCCUUGAGAAAGCUCAAAAAUUAGACAUUGACAUACCGUACGAUGUGCCAGUCCUAAUGGAAAUUUAUGCAAGGAGAGAGGCAAAGUUUACGAGUCACACAUCCUAUUGCAGAAUCCCUAAAGAUGUUAUCCAUACGAUUCCGACAACAGUAUUGUUUUCAUUAGAAGGAUUAAGGGACUUGGACUGGCAAAGGCUUUUGAAGCUUCAAAUGCAAGAUGGCUCAUUCUUAACAUCCCCUGCAUCUACUGCCAUUGCAUUCAUGGAAACAAAUGAUCAAAAGUGUUUGGGAUUUCUUCAAAACGUUGUUGAAAAGUGUAAUGGAGGAGUGCCACAUAGUUACCCAGUUGACAUGCAAGCACGACUUUGGGCAAUUGAUCGAUUACAACGCCUUGGAAUCUCUUAUUAUUUUGCGGAAGAAUUCAAACAACUGUUAGAUCAUGUGAGCAGAUAUUGGAACGAGGAGAUUGGAAUUUUUGGAGGAAGAAAUUCAAACUUUUGUGAUGUCGAUGAUACAUGCAUGGCUAUUAGGUUGCUAAGGCUACACGGAUUUGAUGUUAGUCCAGAUGUGCUAAACAAGUUCAAAGAUGGUGAUCAAUUCUUUUGUCUAAGAGGUGAAUUAAACAAGUCACCAACAGCUAUGUAUAAUCUCUAUAGAUGUUCCCAAGCUUUAUUCCCAGGAGAAAAGAUUCUUGAGGAGGCAAAGAAUUUUACCUACAAUUUCUUGCAGCAAUGUCUUGCGAACAACCAAUCCUCAGACAAAUGGGUUAUAGCUAAGGACAUCCCCGGGGAG